AUGAGUGGUAAGGACCAGGAAGAGUGGGUUGUGAUUUCACCAGAUCAAAGGGAUGAUGGGUCUCCAAAUGUUGGUUCAAGAACCAGGAAGAGUGGCAGAAAACUCUAUCAAGUGGUUAUGGAAUACUACAUGGAUGAGAAACGGAAACUAUCACAGGAAGAACCAUGUAGCAAUCCUUAUAAUUCGUCCAAAUCAUCUCUCAUCAGGAGCAUAUCUCAUAAGAGUUCUACAUCAAAGUCUUCUCUUCUGAAGAGUUCUUUCCAGAAAUGCUCUUCUUUCAAGUCCCCUCUCUCCAGGUGUUCUUCUCAAAAGAGCUCUGCUUCCAAAUCUCCUCUGUCAAGGAGUUCUUCAAAGAAGUGCUCAGAUUUCACCAGAAAGUGUAGUAGCUUGGCCAAAGAACAGAGGGCCAAGUUUUACAUCGUCAAGAGUUGCAUCACCAUGCUUGUUUCCUGGAACAAAAAUGGCGAUUCUUGAAGUAAUUGGGUGUUCAAGAACUAUUAC